GCGCUCGACCUGGAAAAUAUUUAUCCGCCAACACCGAGGUGGUACGAGACAACCGAGCGAACGACCCGCUCUUGCGUCCAGCGUGAAUAGCGGCUCCUUCCAUUGUCAACUUCACCUGCUGCUCGAUCGAGAGUAUCGAGAAUGGCGCCGACGCCAACCAGCAAGACGGGGCUGGAAACAGCCCCACCAGUAAACCCCCAAGUGGUGGAAUAUGAUAUCGCCGAGUCGCGGGACGCGGUCCGCGACGAGCACGAGCAUUCGGACGGCGGCACGGCCGUCGAGGACCUGCAGCGGAGCGCGAACGGCUCGUUCGUCGGCGACCUCGAGGACCGGCACGUCUCCGUCAGCCGCGGCAAACAGGAGUUUGCUGCACUCGAGCGCAAGUUCUCGGCCAUGAGCCAGGAGAGCGCCGACGCGCCACCGACCAUGCUUCGCCGCGUGUCGACGGGCAUGUCGUUCCGCUCAGCACGCAGCAACAUGGUACCGCCGCGCCGCACGACCACGCACAUGAGCAUCGCAGAGGGCAAGGAGGCGCCCGACGUCGAGAAGGCGGCGGGUCAGGAUGACAGCGAGUUCAACCUCGCGGACGAGCUGCGUGCCGGCCGCGAGGCGUGCGACUCGGCCAACAUCAAGCCCAAGCGUGUCGGUGUUGUGUGGGAAGACCUAGAGGUCGUUGGUGGUGGAGGCAUUCGUAUGAACAUUCGCACCUUCCCCAACGCUAUCGUUGAGCAGUUCUUGAUGCCCGCUCUCAGUGUGCUCGGCGUCUUCGGCUACAAGCCGUUCGCUCCCAAGCCCAAGACGAUCCUGCACCCCAAUUCCGGUGUUCUGCGGCCGGGCGAGAUGUGUCUCGUCCUCGGCCGCCCCGGCUCGGGCUGCUCGACAUUCCUCAAGUCAAUCGCCAACCAGCGCGAUUCGUUCCUAUCCGUCAACGGCGAUGUCGACUACGCCGGCAUCCCCGCCAAGGAGAUGCACAAGCUGUACGCCGGCGAGGUGCUGUACAACCAGGAGGACGACGACCACCUCCCGACGCUCACGGUCGCGCAGACGCUGCGCUUCGCGCUGCGCCUCAAGACGCCCAAGAAGCUCCCCGGCGUCUCGGCGCGCGAGUACCGCGAGAACCUCCUCGAGCUGCUCCUCUCCAUGCUCAACAUCAAGCACACGGCGAACACUGUCGUCGGUAACGCUUUCAUUCGUGGUGUCUCGGGUGGUGAGCGCAAGCGUGUCUCCAUUGCCGAGCAGUUCUGCUCCGGCGCCGCCCUGUGCUCGUGGGACAACUCCACCCGUGGUCUCGACGCCUCGACGGCACUCGACUACGCCAAGUCCCUCCGCCUCCUCACCGACAUCAUGCAGCAGACAACUUUCGUCUCGCUUUACCAGGCCGGCGAAGGCAUCUACAAGCAGUUCGACAAGGUGCUGCUCCUGAACGACGGCCACGUCGUCUACUUCGGCCCCGCCGCCGAAGCGCGCGCCUACAUGGUCAGCCUCGGCUUCCUCGACCUCCCCCGUCAGACGUCGGCCGACUACCUUUCGGGCUGCACGGACCCCAACGAGCGCCGCUACCAGGAGGGCCGUGACGAGACCAACGUCCCCUCGACGCCCGAGGCGAUGGAGGAGGCGUACCGCAAGGCAGACAUCUACGCGCGCAUGGUAGCCGAGAAGGACGAGUACAAGGCGCAGAUGCAGGCCGAGGAGAAGGACCGCGAGGAGUUCCGCAUCGCCGUCCGCGAGCAGAAGCACCGUGGUGUGGGCAAGACCUCGCCAUUCACCGUCUCGUUCUAUGCCCAGGUCAUGGCCAUCGUCCAGCGCCAGAUUAUCCUCAAGUUCCAGAACAAGUUUGACAUCUACACGUCCUACGCUACCUCGAUCAUCAUUGCUCUUAUUGUCGGUUCCGUCUACUUCCGCCUGCCUGAGACGGCGAGCGGCGCGUUCACCCGCGGCGGUCUUCUCUUCUUGGGUCUCCUGUUCAACGCUCUCACGUCCUUCUCAGAGCUGCCCGGUCAGAUGCUCGGUCGGCCCAUUCUGUAUCGCCAGGUCGGGUAUCGCUUCUACCGUCCCGCAGCUUACGCUGUUGCGGCCGUUGUGAGCGAUGUGCCGUUCAACGCAACCAACAUUUUCAUCUUCGCCAUAAUCUUGUACUUCAUGGGCGGUCUCGCGGCCUCUGCUGGAGCCUUCUUCAUGUUCUACUUGUUCGUCUUUACGACAUUCAUGGUCAUGGCUGGCUUCUUCCGCACCCUCGGUGUCGCGACAAGCGACUACAACGUCGCCGCGCGUCUGGCAUCCAUCCUGAUCAGUUUGAUGGUGUCCUACGCAGGCUACAUGAUCCCGCAGUUCGCCAUGAAGCGCUGGCUGUUCUGGAUCUCGUACCUCAACCCGCUCUACUACGGCUACGAGGCGCUGUUCGCCAACGAGUUCUCACGGAUCACGAUGCGUUGCGACGCAAACUACAUCAUCCCAACCAACAUUCCCCAGCUCGGCAUCACAGGCUACCCCUCCGGCGUAGGCCCCAACCAGAUGUGCGCGCUCCCGGGCUCGUCGCCCGGCACCGACAUGGUCACGGGCACGGCCUACAUGGCCGCCGGGUUCCAGUACUCGAAGGCCCACAUCUGGCGCAACUUCGGCGUGCUCAUCGGCUGGUUCUGCUUCUACAUGUUCAUGCAGAUGUUCUUUAUGGAGAAGCUCAAGCUCGGAGCCGCACACCUUGCUAUCGUCGUCUUUGCUAAGCCCACCAAGGAGCUCAAGGAGCUCAAUGAGCGUCUCGAGGAGCGCAAGGAGGGAUACCGCGCCGGCAAGCUCGACCAGGACCUCAGCAACCUCGGCAUGGCGCCCACCCCCUUCACCUGGGAAGGUCUCAAGUACACCGUCCCUGUGCCCGGCGGCAAGCGCCAGCUCCUCAACGAUGUGUACGGCUAUGUCAAGCCUGGCUCUCUUACGGCCCUUAUGGGUGCAUCGGGUGCCGGCAAGACGACUCUGCUUGACGUUCUGGCUGCCCGCAAGUCUAUCGGUGUGAUUGAGGGCGAUCUCCUCAUGAACGGCCGCCCUGUUGACGUCUCUUUCGCCCGUGGUUGUGCGUACGCCGAGCAGCUCGACGUACACGAGUGGACGACGACUGUGCGUGAGGCUCUCCGCUUCUCGGCAUACCUCCGCCAGCCGGAGAGUGUGCCCAAGGCCGAGAAGGACGCGUAUGUCGAGGACAUCAUUGAGCUCCUCGAGCUCCAGGACCUCGCGGACGGCAUGAUUGGUUUCCCCGGUUACGGUCUGUCUGUCGAGGCACGCAAGCGUGUCACUAUCGGCGUCGAGCUUGCCGCCAAGCCCGACCUCCUCUUGUUCUUGGACGAGCCUACCUCGGGUCUUGACGGCCAGUCGGCCUACAACAUCGUCCGCUUCCUGCGCAAGCUCGCUGCCGCCGGCCAAAAAAUCCUGUGCACCAUCCAUCAGCCUAACGCGCUUCUUUUCCAGUCGUUCGACCGCCUCCUGCUUCUCCAGCGUGGCGGCGAGUGCGUCUACUUCGGUGACAUUGGGCCCGACUCGGCUACUCUCAUCGACUACCUUGAGCGUAACGGCGCCAAGGUCCCUGACGACGCCAACCCCGCCGAGUUCAUGCUCGAGGCUAUUGGCGCCGGCUCGCGUAAGCGCAUCGGCGGCGACUGGCACGAGAAGUGGAAGGCGAGCCCCGAGUUUGCUAGGGUUAAGGAGGAGAUCAAGGAGCUCAACGCCGCCGCGCUCGCCAAGCCAAUCACGGACGACGGCAAGCCGCGCGAGUACGCGACCUCGUUCAUGUUCCAGUUCAAGACUGUGCUGCGCCGCACCAACAUUGCUCUUUGGCGCAAUGCCGACUACCAGUACACUCGUCUGUUCGCGCAUCUUGCUAUCGGUCUCGUUGUCGCCCUCACCUUCUUGAACCUCGACAACAGCCUCCAGUCGCUCCAGUACCGCGUCUUCGUCGUCUUCUACGCCACCGUCCUGCCCGCGCUCAUUCUCGCUCAAAUCGAGCCGCAGUACAUCAUGUCCCGCAUGACAUUCAACCGCGAGGCGUCGUCCAAGAUGUACUCGAGCACGAUCUUUGCCCUUACCCAGCUCAUCGCGGAGAUGCCGUACUCGGUGCUCUGCGCCACGGCAUUCUUCCUCCUGAUCUACUACCCCGUCGGCUUCCCCUUCGCGUCGGACCGCGCCGGCUACUUCUUCUUCAUGGUCCUCAUCACCGAGGUGUACUCGGUCACGCUGGGCCAAGCGCUCGCGGCCCUCUCGCCCUCGAUCAUGAUUGCCGCGCUCUUCAACCCCUUCCUGCUGGUGCUCUUCUCGGUCUUCUGCGGUGUCACGGCGCCCCCCGUCACCCUCCCCUACUUCUGGCGCAAGUGGAUGUGGCCCCUCGACCCCUUCACCUACCUCAUCGAGGGUCUCGUCUCCACCGUCCUCCAGGAUGUGCCCGUGCAGUGCAAGCCGAGCGAGUUCCACCGCUUCAGCCCGCCCUCGGGCCAGACCUGCGCCGAGUGGGCCGGCAAGUUCGCCGAUGUCAUGGGCGCGUACCUCAACAACCCCAACGCCACGUCCGACUGCGAGUACUGCCAGUACCGUGACGGCCAGGCGUUCUUCGCCAACCUGUCUAUCAACUUCGCCAACCGCUGGCGCGACGUGGGCAUCUUUAUCUGCUACGUCGUGUUCAACAUUAUGGUUCUCCUCGUCGCUGCUCGCUUCCUGCGCUGGCAGAAGCGGUAAGCGUUGGUGGAGAACAGGCCCCCCCCUGAGUUUAGGUGGUGCCUGAGGAAAUCAGCGCCGAGUGCGAUAGAGUUAAUAGAUGUGACCGAUGAACAUUUUGAGAUAACGG